CUUGUAACAUACACACCACAGAGACCACGGACACAUAUAGAAGGACUGACAGACUUGAAUGAUCUACGAGGUCUGUGGACAGGCCGCGCCUCAGCAUUAAACGAAAUACGAGAAACUGUUAUUUCAUUAUAAUAAGUUUACUACAAACUCUUAAAUCUUUGGUGCCUGUAAAUGCUGGUGUAUUAGUUGGCAUUGUUGUACUCUAACUGCUGACCACAGAUACAUACAUCAUGGCAGCAGAUGGUGAAAGAAUUGCAACAACUGGUGCAGUAGAGAAGGGAGAAGACAAGGUCAUAGUAACCUGCCUUGUAGAUGACUUGCAAGUAUCAGGACUUGUCAACAAAACAGUCAAAAAUGGAUCUGUUUCUGUCACAUUUGGAGACAGCUCCCUGGACAUGACGGCCAUUGUAAAAGGGAAGAACAAAGAAACUGUUUUUAGAAAGGUUGUAAAGAAACUACCAGGUCCUAUCAUGAAAGACCAGUGCACAUGGACUGUUAGAAAGGGAAAGGUCAUUAUUACAUUAGUGAAGGAUGAAAAAGCAUCAUGGGCAGUGCAACUAUCACAGCGAGGGCUGGAGCAGCAAAGUGAUGAAGAAGACGAUUGACAAUAACACUUCAGUUAAAUGUUAAUGAACAGGAAAUCAUUUAAAAAUGAACCUGAUAAAAAGCCUGAUGUGAUGAUGGUUUUAUUAAAAAAUGUUAUUUGUAAGUCCUUUAGCUAUUUGCUUUAUAAAUCUGAAAUGCAAUGAGCAAGCUUCAUCAAGAUACACGACUUAUAGAUGACAUACAUACAAAUGACUUCAACUUUGGAACUGAAUUCAGUAUUUAAAGAGUUAUGAUUUUUUUAUAUUUUGCUUUCCCAUGCUUACCACUAUGACUGCGAGAAAAUCCAGGAACUUAUUAAUGAAUUGCUUUCAAAGAUGCAAUAACAAAUUGUCUUUAAAGAAAUUUAAAGGUCGUUAUCUUAUUUUCAAAGAUUGUUAAUCAUGAAUACUUGAUUGAAUGAAUUAGAUUUUUUAAACAGAUUUGUUUUCUUUUUACUUUCCAUUUAUUUCACUUUUUAUUUCCCAUUCACAAUGACACCAAUAUGGUUUACAACAAUUUUUGUUUUUAAUAUUAAGAGAAUGAACUAGUUGCUUUGCUAUGCUUAUCUCUUAUAAGCUGCAAUCUUUUUGUGAUCAUCUGUUAACCAUAUUUCAAAAUUAAAGUUAUUUCUUUUAUUUGUAGAUUGAAAACUGUACAGUUACUUGUUUUUAUUACAUCAUUAUGACUUAAAGUGUCAUCAUGUUUUAGGAAACUUUGAAAUGUACUGGGUUUUAAGCUUAAUUGUAGACAUGUAAAGGCAAAAUAUCCAUACAUAUCUGUUAUUUGCUCUCAUAUUUUUUUGUAAUAAAUGCACGCUGGAUAUUAUUUGUGAUUAUGAUACUGAUUUAGAUGUAAAACACUUAAAAGAAAGCUUGCUAUAUGAUUCUUCAAUACCUUCGUAGUCUUGCUUUUUUGCAUUUUAUAUGUAGCUGAAGCACUCCUUACAAUGCUGACCCAAGUCAAAUGUGAAAUUUAGCUGAAAGCCAUUGACAAGUGAACAAGUUUGUUAUAAAAAUGCGUAGGCUAUUUAUAGUUCCCUUUUUAAUUAAAAGCACUUAUGGACU